AUGAGGGUUUCUGAACAAAAGUGUUAUUGUGGUGCGUCUACCUGCUCUGGUGUAAUGGGGGCGACCAGCAAAUAUUUGCAAGAAAAAGUUCGCAUGAAAGAUACUACAAUGGUUGAAAGACGCAUUCUCCAACUCCUUCAAUUAGAUUCGUUCAGAAAUGCAGACGAUAUAACUCUGUUAUUACAAGUUAUGGUUCAAGAAUGCCUUACAAGGUACACUCGACUGCAGCUUCUCAGCCGUCUGAUUAAAACAGAAAACGAUGCUUGUCUUAAACUUUUUCGACAGUAUAAUGGUCUCGAUAUGUUGGCGGCCUUUAUGUGUGAUGCAGCGCCGAAAGAUUGGGAACUCAAAAAGCAGAUAUUAGUUUGCUUGAAACACAUCCCUGUUUCAGAGCAAAAACAGGUACAGUCGAAUUCACGCCUUAUGGAAAUAGUAGCACAGUGGACUUCCAAUCCUCACCACUGUCGGGCACGUAGUAUUCCUCCCGAGUCUUGGAAGAGUGCUGAUGUACAUAUAGCAGAUACUUCAAAUGUUACUUUGGUUAGAUUUUCCACUGAUGAACUCCCUAUGGAGUCGAAUUUCGACUCUGAUGAAACAAAAUCACUUUCUAAGAGUACCAAGGACAAUGAAUCAUCUUCCAUACAAACAGGUGAUAAGAAUAGUGAUUUUGCUGCAUCACCUUCGAGUUCCGAUUCAUUUAGUUCUUCCUUGAAGGAGAAUGCAUCAUGUGUGUUGCAUGCUUCGACACUCCCAGUUUACGAAGAAGGAUUUAACGCUAUCACUCAAACUUCGGAUUGUGAUAUGUCCCCCGUAACUGUUGUGGAUGAUAAUAAUGGUGAAAUUGAAGUCGGAUAUGCAGCCGACAACAACGAAAUAAAUAUGGAUACUGAAGAAUGUAAAGCUAAGACGAAUGAGGAAUGGAUAGAAGAGAUCAAGGCUUUGGCUUGUAAACUGCUUGAAAAAUGGUCUAAAUUACCGAAGGAAAACUACCGGAUACCGCGAUUGGAGCGUCAAGAGACCGAGAAAAUGCUUCAUAUAUCAAAUCCAAUUGGUUCUUCUCUUAUCUCAUGGGGAUCGGAAUACAAAGAUGAACAAGCAAUAUCCAAUAAAUCUUGGACUCAGAAUAGUAACAGUAAAUUCCAGUCAAAUAAAACUCUACGUGACAAACUGGUUUCAUCUUUCAUUCGAGAGCAGAAUGGUCCAAAAGCAUCCAACAGUUCGUCAUGUUUGUCCAAAGCUGAGAGACGUAUGCUUUUCGAAGCUCAAGUUAAAGCUAAUGAAAAUCAAUGUUCAUCUGAAAAUUCUGUUCCUACAUCGGAUGAUUUUGUGCAGACAAAUCCAUCUAAUGACGAAAAGGAUACAGAUCAUCUUCGUCAGCUAUUACUCUGUGCACUUUUAAGUGAGUGCGGUCGAAACGAUACUGCCCUUUCAAAUCUUUUAUCUAACAUAGCUGUAGAAUUGAAAAGCAUGCCUGUUGUUUCUACUUUGUUACAAGCCUUACCUCGUAUGUUGACUUUGAUGUCCAGUUCCAACGAUUCAGAUUUGCUGUUCUGUCAGUUUUCUAGAGAGUAUAUGCAAUUUAGCGAUUUAAAGCGUCACCAAACAUCACGUUUUGCUUUUCAUUUCUGUUCAUAA